AUGAAGAAGUUGAUUCUUUUAAUGCUUUGUGUUUGGCUGGUCAGUGGAUUUAAAAGAAUUACCCUGAAAAGACACAAAUCUUUGCGGAAAACUUUGAGGGAACGUGGACAACUGUCUCAAUUCUGGAAGAAGAUUAAGAUAGACAAUAUCCAGUAUACCCAGGAAUGCUCAGCUUUCCAGGAAACCAAUGAGCCCCUGCUCAACUAUUUGGAUGAGGAAUAUUUUGGACAAAUCUCCAUUGGGAAUCCUCCUCAGAAUUUCACUGUGCUUUUUGACACUGGUUCCUCCAAUCUCUGGGUGACUUCCAUCUACUGUACCAGCAAAGCUUGUGCCGCACAUAACCAAUUCCACCCAUCAGAGUCCAGCACCUACCAAGAAGUGGGAACUCCAUUCUCCAUCCAGUAUGGCACUGGUAGCUUGACAGGAAUAAUCGGAUCUGAUCAAGUGACCAUUGAAGGACUCACUGUAGAAAAUCAGCAAUUUGCAGAGAGUGUUACUGAGCCAGGCAACACCUUUCUGGAUGCUGAAUUCGAUGGGAUCCUUGGUCUUGCCUACCCAGCCCUGGCAGUGGAUGGAGUCACUCCAGUCUUUGAUAAUAUGAUGGCCCAAAACCUGGUGGAAUUGCCAUUAUUCUCUGUUUACAUGAACAGGAAUCCUGACUCUUCUGUAGGAGGGGAACUGAUUUUUGGUGGCUAUGAUCAUUCCCAUUUCAGUGGAAAUCUCAACUGGAUUCCAGUCACGAAGCAGGGAUACUGGCAGAUCCAAUUGGAUAACAUUCAGGUUGGUGGGGAAAUUGCGUUCUGUGCAGAAGGAUGUCAGGCCAUAGUGGACACGGGGACCUCUCUCAUCACAGGUCCUACUGAAGACAUAAAGCAAAUGCAGCAAUUAAUUGGGGCACAGCCUAUAGAUGGAGAGUAUGUUGUGGAUUGUAACAACCUGAAUGAGAUGCCUCUUGUCACCUUCACAAUCAAUGGGAUCCCUUAUACUCUGAUGCCACAGGCCUACACCCUUAGUGAAAACAGUGACGGGAUGCUCCUGUGCUCCAGUGGCUUCCAAGGCUUAGACAUGCAACCCCCAGUUGGGCCACUCUGGAUUCUGGGAGAUGUUUUUAUCGGCCAGUACUACUCUGUCUUUGACCGUGGGAAUAACAGAGUAGGGUUGGCUCCUGCUGCCCCUUAG